GCUUCUUGUCCCAACAUCGUUUUUCCCUAUCAUCCUCUAACCACUUGAGCCCGUCUCCUCCCACCUCCAAUUGUCCCCUCCCCUCCCCUUCGUUGCUUGUUCACUGGGAGGUCUGGUAGUCCGCUGUUCUUUCUAUAUCCUUUGACUUUUUCCUUUGCCCUUUCGCCCCCUUUUCACCAUGUUCCGGAGUCUUUUGCCGCGGGCGACUCCGCGGGUUGCCCUCCGCUGUGCCGGUCCCAAGGCCGUUCCCUCUACCUUCGUCGCUGCUCCUUCUCUCGCCUCCUUUGGACGCACACAACGUGGCUAUGCCUCUGAGUCAGGCGAACACGAUCUUGUCAUCAUCGGUGGUGGUGUCGCUGGUUACGUUGCUGCCAUCAAGGCCGGUCAGGAAGGUCUGAAGACCGCAUGUAUCGAGAAGCGUGGCCGUCUGGGCGGUACCUGCCUGAACGUCGGCUGUAUCCCCUCGAAAUCCCUGCUCAACAACUCCCACCUCUACCACCAGAUUCUCCACGACACGAAAAAGCGCGGUAUCGAGGUCGGUGAUGUGAAGCUGAACCUUGAGCAGAUGAUGAAGGCCAAGGACACCUCCGUCGAGGGUCUGACUAAGGGUAUCGAGUUCUUGUUCAAGAAGAACGGUGUCGACUACAUCAAGGGUACUGGUGCUCUCGUUGACCAGAACACCGUCAAGGUUAACCUCCUUGAGGGUGGUGAGCAGACUCUGCGCGGAAAGAACAUCCUCAUUGCCACCGGUAGUGAGGCUACUCCUUUCCCCGGCCUCAACAUUGACGAGAAGAGAAUCAUCACCAGCACUGGUGCCCUCUCCCUCAAGGAGGUCCCCAAGAAGAUGAUCGUCAUCGGUGGUGGAAUCAUUGGUCUGGAAAUGGCCUCUGUUUGGUCCCGCCUCGGCUCUGAGGUUACCGUCGUCGAGUUUCUGAACCAGAUCGGUGGUCCCGGCAUGGACGCCGACAUCGCCAAGCAGGCCCAGGGGAUCCUCCAGAAGCAGGGUAUCAAGUUCAAGACCGGCACCAAGGUUACCAAGGGUGACGACAGCGGUGCUACCGUCGCUCUGAGCGUUGAGGCCGCCAAGGGUGGUAAGGAGGAGACCCUCGACGCUGACGUUGUCCUCGUCGCCAUCGGUCGCCGCCCCUACACCGAGGGUCUCAACCUCGAGAGCGUCGGUGUCGAGAAGGACGAGCGCGGCCGUCUGGUCAUCGACCAGGAGUACCGCACCAAGAUCCCCAACAUCCGUGUGAUCGGUGACUGCACUUUCGGACCCAUGCUUGCCCACAAGGCCGAGGAGGAGGCCGUCGCUGCCGUCGAGUACAUCAAGAAGGGCUACGGCCACGUCAACUACGGCUGCAUCCCCAGCGUCAUGUACACCCACCCCGAGGUCGCCUGGGUCGGCCAGAACGAGCAGGAAGUCAAGGCUGCCGGCAUCAAGUACCGCGUCGGUACCUUCCCCUUCAGCGCCAACUCCCGUGCCAAGACCAACCUCGAGACUGAGGGUCAGGUCAAGUUCAUCGCCGAUGCUGAGACCGACCGCAUCCUCGGUGUCCACAUCAUCGGCCCCAACGCCGGUGAGAUGAUUGCCGAGGCCACCCUGGCUGUCGAGUACGGUGCCUCUUGCGAGGACAUUGCUCGUACCUGCCACGCUCACCCUACCCUGGCUGAGGCCUUCAAGGAGGCUGCCAUGGCUACGUACUCCAAGGCCAUCCACUUCUAAGCAGCUCCCCCCCUGUCUUGAUCAUGAAACCAUACACACCCACCCGCAUUAUCCUGUACCCUUUUUGGCCUCUUGUCUCUUAUCUUAGUCUAGCUCAGCUAGUCACUUCCGUGUAGCAUUGACCUCAUUAAAUUUUCCUAUCUUUGGUUGUGUAUUCAGAUAUAACGAAAUCAAUAGUACUGCCUAACAUUAACA